UUACUAUAUGAGACCAUGGUAUAAAUUCCUGAGUGUGCGCAGACUGUGUCCUUAGAAGAUGAUGGAAAGAGGGAGGUGUUUUAUUUUGGCUCUCUAUGCCGUUCAUUGGAUUUAAACGCUGCUAAGCAGGUGCACCGGAUUCUGAGAAGGAGGAAAAAAUAUCAGCUUCUUACCGGGUUGUUAUUUGAAAUUCGAUCCUUAACUGUCGAGGAAAACACAUGCAAUCAAAAACGAUGGAGUCCUGCUGUCCGCACUGAGCUUCCUUUGCUCCAGUCUUUUUGAUGGCGCUCGUUCAUGAACCCCAUGCCUCCUCCCCCACCCUGUCUGGCUUCAACACACCCAUUUCUGACCCACCGUCUUUUCGCCGGCUCGAUGCCGAGACCCCCUGUACCCCAGAAAUGGACCUCACCCCGACCCAGUGUGUACUCCGGAACGUCCUGUCCAUAGACACGGGGGGUGCCAUAGAGCCUGGAGGAGGACAGGGGAAGACCCUAGGGCACAACCAGACACCUGGCGAGGAACAGCAGGAGCACUUUGCCAACAGUGUUUUGAAACUACAAGAGCAUGACGGGAGCAGUGGGAGGAAUGAGGAAGAGGGGCAAGAGCCGGACAGCUCUGUGGUCAGGAGCCAGGCAGACAACGCCAGGUUGCAAUGCCAAUCCACCGGAGGGGGAGGAGGGUUUUUGGAGGGGUUGUUUGGGUGUCUUCGGCCUGUCUGGACUAUGAUUGGCAAAGCUUACUCUACAGAGCACAAACACGACCUGGACGAGGAGUGGGAAGUUCCUUUUGAAGAGAUUUCUGACCUACAGUGGGUGGGCAGCGGAGCCCAAGGUGCUGUCUUUCUAGGCAAACUUCACGGGCAAGAAGUUGCUGUGAAAAAAGUGCGAAACAUAAAAGAGACUGAUAUCAAGCACCUGCGGAAGUUAAAGCAUCCCAACAUCAUCACUUUCAAAGGUAUUUGUACCCAGGCUCCUUGCUACUGCAUCAUCAUGGAGUACUGUGCUCAGGGACAGCUGUAUGAAGUCCUGCGAGCGGGCAGGAAGAUCACACCCUCCCUGCUCAUGGACUGGGCCAUGGGCAUCGCCGGGGGCAUGAACUACCUUCAUCUGCACAAGAUCAUCCACAGAGACCUCAAGUCACCCAACAUGCUCAUCACCUAUGAUGACGCAGUGAAGAUCUCUGAUUUUGGAACAUCCAAGGAGCUUAAUGACAAAAGCACCAAGAUGUCUUUUGCUGGAACUGUGGCCUGGAUGGCUCCUGAGGUCAUCCGCAAUGAACCCGUUUCAGAGAAGGUGGAUAUUUGGUCAUUUGGUGUUGUGCUGUGGGAGAUGCUGACGGGGGAGGUGCCCUACAAGGACGUGGACUCCUCCGCUAUCAUCUGGGGAGUGGGAAACAACAGCCUGCAGCUGCCGGUGCCUGAUAGCUGUCCGGACAGCUUCAAGCUGCUCCUGAGGCAAUGCUGGAACUGCAAGCCAAGAAACAGGCCGUCAUUUCGACAGAUCCUCCUACAUCUUGAUAUUGCCUCUGCAGAUAUACUGUCUACUCCACAAGAAACUUACUUUCAAUCUCAGGCGGAAUGGAGGGACGAGGUGAGACAUAACUUUGAGAAGAUAAAGUCUGAGGGGACAUGUCUUCACAGGCUAGACGAGGAGCUCAUCAAACGUCGAAGAGAAGAACUCAGACAUGCUCUGGACAUUCGGGAGCACUAUGAGAGGAAACUGGAGCGAGCCAAUAAUCUCUACAUGGAGCUCAAUGCUAUCAUGCUGCAGCUGGAGAUCAAAGAAAAGGAGCUGCUCAAGAGGGAGCAGUCUCUGGACAAGAAGUAUCCCAGCUGCUUUAAGCACCACAGCUCCAGACAGUCGGCCUCCUCCAACUCCAUGGAGAAGCUCAUGAAGAAACGCAAUGUACCGCAGAAACUGAAUUCACACAGCAAGAGACCAGACUUACUGAAGUCUGAGGUCAUCUUACCCAAACUGGACUCAUCCAUGACCCAGGUCACCAUACCCAACAAAGGCUCCACUUCCCCUGGCCGCUCUCGCCGAGGAAAGCCUCGAUACAGAAAGGCUGGUAAAGGCAGCAGCAGCGACUUGGCUCAACUGAAGGCCACUCUGUCCUCGUCUUUAGCCAUGAUUAAUGCCACCGCAUCUAUGCCUAGUAGCAAGCAUCGUCUGGACCCCACUGCGGCAAUCAGGGGUCUCCAGCAUGACCUGCUGCUUAAGAAGAUGUCCUCCUCCAGCCCCGAUCUCAUUUCAACCACCCUGGAGGCAGAGUGCCGGAGAAAGGGGCAGCUGCGGCCUGGCUUAGACAGAGCGGGCAGUCAGAGUGCCUCAGCUGGUUUAGAAGACAGCGGAGAGACAGAGGGGCCAAGGGAAGGGCAGAACACUGGUGUGGGGGGUGAUGACUUGGUGGAGACACCCCCACGCAGCAACACCCCCAGCGAAGACGCAGCAUCCAUUCCGUUCUCCAGCAGCCCCGAUUCACCUUGUGGAAGAGGGGCAGCUGCAGGGAGGUCGUCUGUACUGGGGAACUCCCGGGUCUCCCAUGAAGGAGAGGAAAAGGAGGAAGGGACAGUGAUCACACGCUCACCCAGAAGUCAGCGCCGCCUCACGCCUGCAGCUCUACUGUACAGAGCGGCUGUCACACGCAGUCAGAGACGUGGACUGUCUUCAGAGGAAGAGGAGGGAGAAGUGGACAGUGAGGUUGAGCUGCCCAGGAGAAGGCGGCCAGUCAGCAUCUCCAAAUGUCAGUCGCUGUCAAACUUUAGUUUAGAAAACUUAUCGGUUUCAGACGGCGAGGAGGGAAACACCACAGACCAUUCCCACAGUGGCACGCCUGAUGUAGUCAGCACCAACACAGACGAGCGUCUGGAUGACAAAAGCGACGAUUUGCUCUCUCAGGGCUCAGAAAUCCCAGCCGACCCCUGUGAUCCGAGCCAGCUGGGCUCUGAUGGGCUGUCAGAAAGGGAAGCUGAAGUACGACAAGUUAAGACGCAGCUUGCUUUGAGUGAACAUAACUACGAGCAGGGCCUGUACGAUGACUCCGACUGUGACAGUGCAGAGCUGGACCAUUCAUGCAGCGCAGAGCCCAGCCAGCCUCCAACUAACUGGUGAAGAACAACAGGCCUAAACCCACAAGAUCUGUACAUCUGGCCUCUGCAUUCUUCUUUGACUCGGUCAGACAAUAAUAAACCCAAAAAGAAACACUGGAGAAUUGAAGAAGAAAGGAAACAAAGACUUUCUCAUAAAAACUCAAUUACAGAUUACACAGAUGUGAAACUAAAGGAUAAACUCCUCUAACAGACAACAGACAAAGCAAUGACUGUCCGUUCAUGUCUCCAGUCAUCUUCCAUGCUGAUUUUUUUUAAAUUAAUUUCUGUAUUUUAUACUAUCCAGUGAAAAUGUUAUUGAAGAUUCUUUAUAAGUGUUAACUACACUUAUAUCUCAAACUCUACUGUCAUUAUCUAUUUCUUUUAAACAUUAUGCACUUAUUUAUUUUACUGUGAACUGAAUGAAAAAAUGUUUACAUUUUACGUUAUUUGUUAUCAUUUAUUACCGUCGUUUUUGAUCAAAUUGUUUUCAUUGUCACUGUUAAUAUAAGAUGUAAAAUGAAAUUUUUUUUAUAGAGAUUGUAUAAUUGAAGGUGCUGAAGUUUCUCAGCAGGGGGCGCUAUUAUAUAAAGACCUCAUAAAGCUUUUACUGGUAGAAUGUAACUUUACCUGCUGUUUAUGUCUGAUCAAAAGAAAUAGUUAUGCAGUAUUGAAGUAUUUUGCAGAAAUAAUGUCAUUUUUUGGGGGAGAAUUUGAAGGUUUGUAAUUCAAAAAGCAUGCUUGUCAUUUUAAAAAGUAUGCAUAUUUAAGAUGUUGGAUAUUUCAGUGUAGUGAAUAUAAUUUCCGUUACUAAUAAAGCCAACCCUGGUAUGAAGAACAUGUUGAUAGAAAAAAAGUCUACAUGUAGUGGUGUAUCUCAAUAACUUGGAAAACAUCUGAAAGGUUAUACAUUUUAGCAACUCAAAAAGUGAAACUUAUGUCUUUGAUUUAUUACACACAGACCCGUAUAUAUUUUUUUAAUGAUUCUAACCCAAAACUCAGGUGUUUGGAAAGGUUAAUUAAAUAACAUUUUAAAAUAGGCCAUAUAUUUGUCUAGGACUCCCUUUGAAUUAAUGUUAUCUCCAAUCUAAUUAGAUUUUAGGGCGAUUAGGAAGUGGCUCUGCUGAGGUAAAAAAGAAGCCCAAGUUCCUUCAAAAGAAGUCUUCAGCUAAUCUAUUUAUUAGGCUUGGUGUCACUUUUUCCUCUCGACAAUUUUGCUGGCCAGUCAAUCACGAUAAGGAGGACUUUAUUCAAGUAGGGACAUAGUUUGGCAGUGAGGGCAGCUCCAUACACCGUUCCGUUUUCUUGUAUAUCUAUUAAGCACAUGUUUCCAUUAAUACUUUUUGGAUACAGUUUGCUGUUUCUAAUGAAGAGUGUUAGUGAGAUCUUUUGUUUACAAAAAAAUCUUUCAAUUUAUGGAAGUUUUUCAUUGAGCCUUUUAUGAACACUAAGCAACUAAUAAAAAAAAAAAAACUAUUACUGCGUGUAAUAAGUUUGACUUUUUGAGUUAAAUGAAUAAAAAAGCAUUUUGUGAUAUUCUAAUUUAUUUAGAUGCACCUGUAUUACGAUUCUUUUACAAAUGAAUCAUAAAAAAAAAGCAGUUUUGAUCCAUUAAUAAGAUGUUUAGAACUGUUACUGAAUGUUGUGCUCACAAACAGAAAUGUGAAAAAAUGGUUGAAUAUUUCUGCUGAUUUCUUAAUGCAAUGAUUGUUAUUUUUAUUGAUUUUUUUUGCAGUCAUGAAAUUAGCAUGGACUGCUGAGACCAUGCAUCUUGAAAUUCAGCAUUUACCAAGGACACAAAGCUUUACAUAUUGUUGCAACGCUUGCACCAAGAAUGCAAUGCAAGGCCAAAAUUUGACCUUUCUCUCAUCAAUAUAUUUUAUAGCCAAGAAUGAAGUGGUCAUAAAAGUGGUGCUGAUAUUCUUGUCUUUUUUUUACCUUGCACUUCAGCUUAGAGCCGUUCCAGAUAUCAAUACAAAUUAGAACACCUAAUAAGCUAAAAUAUGCAGCUUUUUUUCUGUCAGGUUUUUUGUUUCUAUUUACAUUUGUAGGGCUUUUGUAAUCCAUUCAUCCCCCUAAAAAUGAAGUUAAAAAUCCUCGGAAAGGAUGAAAUGUUGCCAAUGAGCCAGACUACUGCCCUCUAGUGUCCUCAACUAAUAUAACAGGGGGUCGAACUGAAACAUUUUCUACUGCAUUAUUGUAACUGUACAAUAAAUAUAUUUCAGAAACCAUUUGAAAAUAAAAUCCAACUUGUAAAAUUUCAAA